AUGAACAGUAUCGUGUUUCAGCAACAAGAUGAGUUGCCACCAGCGAUUGCUGCGAUGCCACGCGGUGUGGAUGGACAACCGUUGUAUUUUACGCGUCAUAACUUAACUGAUAUCGACCCGAAACAAGCUCGACAACUCGAUGUUUUUGCACAGAUCUCUAGAACACUGACAAGCAAACAGCUUCUCGAACUGAAUACAACCGGAUUUUCGGUGUUAACUCCCAAACAGCGUCAGAUGGUUUACGGCAUUGAAUCGCCGUACAGUGAUCCGAAAAAAUUAAAAUUCUUUCAAUCCUUGGAUGAGAAUCAGAUACAUCAGCACUUGAUCGACGAUAUUCGACGUUUGUCACGGGUUGAUUCGAGAGUGAUUCGUCGAAAACGACAAGCGCGUGUCCUUUCUCCCAGUCUACUUAACGCUGUUAUCUUUGAUCCAGGCGCUGUCUCAAAUCCUUCUAUUCUUUCGCCUGUUCUGCUAAGCUUGAUUCUUUUCUCGCCGUCGAUUUUUGGCGUCGGCGUGCUCAGUCCAUGGCUUUUCCUGCCAGUUAUUCUGUCCCCCCGCCUCAUGGCACCAAUGAUUCUGUCACCGAAAGCUUUAACGCCGUGGAUUUUAUCACCGCUACUUAUGAAUCCAAUAAUAUUAUCACCAGCUUGCAUGCUGCCUCUCAUUUUAUCACCAACGGUUCUUUCACCCAGUAUUUUGUCUCCGACGUUGCUCUCCCCUCGAAUUUUAUCACCUUUGGUGCUGAAUCCAUUGAUUUAUUCACCGACGGCUGUCACUGCCGCCAUUGCUAGUCCAUUUCUCUUAUCACCAGCGAUAUGGUCCCCGACUUAUAUCGCAUUUCAUCUUUUUUCGCCAAAGGCUUUAUCACCGUUAAUCAAUUCAACCGGCAAAGGCGUGUCACUUUAUUUUUCACCCACCAUAUUUAGCUGA